AUAGGCUAGGGGUAAUGCAUAUAUAAGGAAGUUUCAGUUACCAAACGGUGAACAAACCAAACUACUAUGUUACUCUGGUUGAAAGAAAAUAAAUGAAAAGUGUGAACAGGAAGAUAAAAGGUGUAUAGGCCUUGACGUCUGCAUUCUCCUGUCAUUACUUCAAUCAAACCUAAAAAUGAGGUCAAAGUUUCCAACUAAACCUGGAUUAAUAACAGAUCUACCAGCCAAUUUUGGUUUAUGCACCGGUCAGUCGUGCGUUCGCUAUACGGGGCUUUUUAGUCAGGUUGGUUUUGUUCUAUGAGGGCAUUAUUGUUUCAUCGCGGUCUGACGGGAGGAACGUCAUUCUACCCAGUGGUAUCUGUUCUUAAACAUUAGCCUCUCUGGAUUGUCUUUUACUUUGAACCAACAUAAAUUCAGCUUUUGAGGAGACUGUAUAGACCCCUUCAGCCACCAUGGCGCACAGUGCAAAGAACGGAAAGGCGAAAGGUGUUGAUGAGUUCAGUGAUUCCGGCUCAGAUAAAGUGGUGUUAGCUCGUUCAUUGGGAUUGAAAGAAUGUAUCAGUAUGGUGAUGGGCAUCAUCAUCGGAACCGGUAUCUUCAUCUCUCCUAAAGGUGUACUUGCGGGAGCUGGUGGAUCACCGGGAUGGUCGCUUAUUAUGUGGAUAGUCUGUGCCAUCAUAUCCCUCUUCGGCGCCCUCUGCUAUGCCGAGCUCAGUACGACCUUCAAGAAGUCCGGCGGGGAAUUCACGUUCAUCUUACAAGCUUUUGGACCAUUACUGGCCUUCUUGAGGAUGUGGACAUACCUCUUCAUCAUCCUCCCAGCCGUGGCUAUUGUCCAAGGAAACACCAUCGCAAACUACAUCACUGCGCCAUUCUUUAACGACUGCGAGGAAGUGCCGCUGAAUGCUCUCAGACUCAUGGGCAUGGCCGUCAUCUUCAUGUUGGCGUUCAUCAAUGCGAUCAGUGUGAAGUUGACUACUCGUCUCGUCAACAUUCUGACCGUGGCCAAGACCGUUGGGCUCAUAGUACUCAUCAUAUCGGGACUCGUAUAUCUAGCUAAAGGAAACACAAAGUAUCUUAAUCCUGAGAAUUCUUUUCAAAUGACUACGCCCUUGAACAUCCCUCUGGGUAUCUUCGCGGGUAUCUUUGCUUUCGAUGGAUGGGAAUCAGUGAACACAAUCGUGGAAGAAAUAAAGAAGCCAGAAAGGAAUGUACCCCUUGGUAUAGUGAUAUCUCUGGCUGCUGUUACCGUCAUCUACCUGAUGGCAAACAUCGCUUACUUCACCCUCCUAUCACCUGCUGAAAUUCUGGCUUCCACUGCUGUAGCUGCGGAUUUCAGUACGAAGGCCUUAGGAAGCUGGUCUUGGACUAUAUGGGUGUUUGUAGCCCUAUCAGCCAUCGGUAAUCUCCUAGGAAAUUGGCUAGGUCUAAGCAGAAUGUUCUACGUAGCAGCGAGAGAGGGCCUUUUACCCAAUGUAGUAGGAAUGAUCAACGUUAAACAUCGUACUCCCAUUCCAUCAGUCAUCAUUGUGCUACCAAUAACAUUAAUAUAUCUGAUGUUUGAUGACGUCAUUGCUCUGAUCAACUACAUGUUGUUCGUCAUCGUAGCUUUCAUGGCUCUCACAGUACUCAUCAUUCCGUAUUACAGAUGGAAACAACCUGAUAUGGAAAGAACACUCAAGUUGCCAUUGGUGAUUCCAGUCAUCUUUAUCUUAGUCAUCUUGUUCCUGAUGGGACUCUCAAUCUACACAGACCCAAUCAGCGCUCUUAUAGGAACCGCUUUAACGUUAGCCGGUGUGCCGGUUUACUUCAUUGGAUGUGUGUGGAAGAAACCCGUCUGGUUAAAGGCAAAGAUUGUUGCAUUUAAUAUCAUGCUUCAGAAGUUUUUCUUCGUGGUUCCUCAAGAAAAGGAGAUGGCUUCUGAGGCCGAUGAUGAUGACGACGACGAAGACAAGAAAGCCAAAUCUAACGGUUACAAGGCUGCAAAACAAUUCGAAGAUGUUCCUCUGAAUUAAUGCAAUGUUCCUGUAAACUGAACGUGCCUUGCCGCCUUUGUUGCCUGUGUUAUAUAAAAGGGUCUCGUGACAUUACGAGUGAGUUUUCACUUUAAGUCUCUACGACGUGCGACAGAUUCAAGAACGUAGAAAAUACAUUGUCAAAAUGUUCUCCAGCGCCAACCAAGAUGUCUUUGUCGAAAAUCGUUAAUCAAAACAGAAGUUUCGUCCUAAACUCUGGACAAACGACAUAUUUGCAAUUUUUCGUCAGCUCCGAAACUUAGGACCAAACUGCUGUUGCGGUUGACCAAUUUUCGAGCAAGAUCCCCAGAUUUUUUUUUGUCAUUUGGCGGGAAUUUUCAAUACAUUUUUUUUUCUUGAAUCUGUCGGUGGGAAAUCUUCCUGCUGGUAUCCUUUCCGUCUAAUAGUUCUCGUCAGUGAUAUUAGACGGCCGCUAAUUCAGUUUGAACAUGCCCAAACUUGAAGAAAGAUCAACAUCAACUUAAAAAAAGGGUUUAAUUGAAAAAUAGUAAAUAAUAGAUCAAGCAUAUACGACUGAAAAGUUAAUCAAAAUCGGAUGUAAAAUAAGACAGUUUAUUCGUUAUUUUCACAAAA